GUACUGGUCUACGAAAUAUUUUGGGAAUACACAAAAACAAUGAUUUAUUCCAUUAAAAGUCUCAUUAGUCCUUUUACAAAUAAUGUUUUUAAAAAGACUCUUUCAAAAGUUAGUUUUUCGGACGUAAGAAAAAAUUCGAUACCGAAAGAGUACCUUGAACAUUUUCAUAAUAAAAAGUCUUUAUUACAUUUGUUUUCAAACACAUUAUUCAAAAAAACUCAUAAACCAAGCGAAAUAUAUUAUAUAGUAGGGACAGAAACCGCAAAAACAAUUGCAUCUAUUGUUAAUAAUUCUUCUGAUUCAGAACGUCCCAUCAUUGAAGUUAAUCCUGGUCUAGGUACGUUAACGCACUUCUUGUUAAAGGCAGAAAGAACAGGAAUAAAUCUAAAAUUGAUCGAAGGCAAUGAAAUUCUGCACAAACACUUGCAUAAACUUUAUGGCAAUAGAAUAACGUGUCUUCAUAAUGACUUUUGUAAUAUGUGGAAAUUUGUUUACUUGGAUAAUGGAGAGCGAUUCUCUAGCAUUAUGAAAUUAUUGCCUAAACAAGAUUGGAAGGACAAACCACCUUCAAAAAUAAUAGUAUCAUCAGGCUCGUUAAUGUUUUACAAACAUUUAAUGACUUCAGUUUUAACAAAUACUAGCAUCUUUAGCAGUGGACGUCAUGAAAUUUUUGCAGUUAUGCCACCAAUCUUAUAUUUUUUGUUGACAUCCACAAAUCAAAUUGGAUAUGGAUUAUAUCGCUCGACUUCCGUACUAUUUCAGAUUUUAUUUGAAUUUGAAUUCAUUACAAAACUUGAUAGAAAAGACUUUUUACCAUGGCCAUCAAAACAGAUUAUCAAGAAACAUAUCAAAUAUCGCGAAUUGAAACAAAUUGAUACAGACUCUUUGUACUUUGUUAAAAUUGUUCCCAGAAAAAAAUUAUUUGAUUGCUGUCCUCAGAAACAGAUGAAUCAGUUGACGUUUUUCGUGAAUCAAAAUUUCACAAGUAGAAAAAAUCGUGUGAUACCAGCACUAGAACGUUAUAUACCAAACGCAGGAAAAGAGAUGAUUUUAUCAAAUUUGACGGAAGAUAAAGCUAAGAUCUUACACAGAAAUGAAAAUCUUCCAAAUUUCUGUGCUCAAAGUGUAGAAAUAUCCAAUACGGAUUUUUACCCCGAUUUAAAUAUAUUCACCGAGUUUGGGGAUCUAACUCCUAAUCAAAUACUUACACUGUUCACAAUUUUCAAAAACUUUGAUGGUUUUCAAGACUCAGCAUUCAUUUCAAAUAUGCAGCUUUAUAUGAAGGAACAAAUGAUGCCUAUUGAUGAGACAGUUUGCGAUAAUAUUGAAAUAAAGUAAAAUUAAAUAAAGAA